AUGCGUUCGUUCAUUGUCGCUUUCUUCCUCGCCAGUACGGCCGCGGUCAGCGCCCAGACCACCAAGGACUUCGUCAACUGUGCUAGCGCUGCCCUGAGCGGCAUUGACACCUCCACUCUCUCCGGUUGCACCGACUUGAGCAGCACCGAGUGCCUCUGCGCCAACAAGGAUGCUCUCACCGAGCUGUCAGACGCGGCCAAGUCUGCCUGCAAGACUGCCGGCAUUGAUUUGACCAAGCUGGAGUCCUCCCUUUGCUCCAAUAGCAGCAAGAGCACAGCCGCCCCAGCCCGCCACGCCAGCAACCCCAUGGAGCCCGCCAGCGACUUCGGCGUGAUGGAGGACAACAAGCGUGCCUACAGUCCUUCAUCGGACGACUACGCCGCUCCCCGUGUCGUCUAUGUGACUGAGACUCGCACCGAGUACAGUUGCAAGAGCACCCCCUUGUCCAACAACCGGAUGCACUUUUCCCAGAUUCCCGUAAAUGUCCCUAUGAGCAGCAGCAUGAGCGCAAUGGUUGCUUCUUCUACUCCUGCUUCUUCCAACAGUGUUAUGAUGGCCGCCUCUUCUUCUGUCAUCUUUGGCUCCCAGAUGUCUGCUGCUACUCCUACCCCCAGCGGUGCUAGUGCCUACCGCUUCCACACUUUCCAGGGUGCUGCACCCAAGACUAAUGCCAUCCAGAGCGGUAUUGCUGCCCUCGGUGUUGCUGCCGUCAUGGGUCUGAUGGUUGCUCUGUAA